AUGUCAUCUGCAGCCCCGUGCCCUCCUCACGUCGACGGAAGACGCGCGUUGCUGCUCCUAGUGCUCAAACUCGCGUUCAUCUUCGCUCUCGCUGUUGUGGUCGUGUUGUGGCUUUGCGCCCUCCUCGUCCGUCGCGUUCGCGCGCACGACGCUGCUCGACAGCUCCCGACCUCGACGUUGGACUCGCUCUCAGUAUCGAGUUUUUCGUCGCUGCUCGAGCUCCAGCGGUCGCACGAAACGUUUCAGCACGUUUUCGACGUGGAGUUUUCGCUCGCGCUCCUCUGUUUCACCUGCUUUUACGUGCUGAAACAGACAUUUGCCAUUCCCGGCUCCGCUCUGCUCAAUGUCUUUGUGGGGUCACUACUGCCCGUGUCAGUGGCUUUUCCACUCGUGUGCACACUCACGACCUGCGGGGCGUCGUGCUGCUAUCUGCUGUCGAAGAACUUGGCUUCUGAAGCCAUUGUGCUGCAUCUAAGUGAUCGGCUGCUGCCGGGGCAAUUGCUGAAGCUGAGGCAGAAGAUUGAGGACGCACGAACGCAAAAGCAGCUGCCGUUCGUGCUGCUGUUCCUGCGCGUGUUUCCAUUCACGCCAAACUGGUUCCUCAACCUGGCGAGUCCGUGGCUGCAAGUGCCGUUGAAGCUGUUUGCACCGUCCGUGGCCGUUGGGCUGCUGCCGUACAACUUUAUUACGGUCAAUGCGGGCGCUAUGCUGUCUUCGCUGCGCAGUACGAGCGAUCUGCUGGAUCCGCGGACGAUGGGGUGGCUGGUGCUGCUAGCAGUUGGCAUGCUCAUCCCGGUGAUGUUAAAGAAGCGAGCCAAGCGCCGAGCCGCGGGAGAUGCUGACGCGGAGCACGAGCGCCAUACUGCAGGCGAUUGUACUGGUGUCACCAGCAGCAAGCCAAAGACGGCGUGA